AUGAAACGCAGCGUCAAGUUCAUUCAUGCGAGGACCUGUACGAGUUACAAUAAUGAUAAAAAUUCUAAUAUUCAAACAUUCAUUUCCAUUGAUUUCCAAACCAGGUUGAAUGCUCGAACGCUUGCAGUAGCUGCAUUAGCAGGGGCGACAGUUGUGGAGUACUAUGAGCACAGGACGGGGACAAAGGCAAAGCGCAAGUGGAAGCCAGUACCACUCCGCCGUCUUCGUUUAUCGGCGCUCUCAAACCGCAUCGGACAGCUCCCGACGGCUGCCCUAGAUACUUGUGACCGCUUCAAUUAUCUGGGGAUUCUGGCCAGCAUAGUUUUGACUGCAUCAGUGGUAAUCAUUCGGACCUUGACUUGUGUGAUCCAUGGCUUAUGUGACUGA